GUUUUUAGUGACUCCACUCUUCCCAGCCCGUCUACGGGCAAGAAGCGUCGAAGCAAGGAUGGAUGCGUGUCUCGCUAAAGUAAGCGAGGUCAAUAGGGGGGGACGGAUACCAAUUGCCUUGUCAAGCACGAUUGAAACAACCCCUGUUUGGCCGACCAUUUGACCGUGAUGGCAGCAUUAGCAAUGAGUCACACGGCUCUUCAUCCAGCAUCUUCACGCACUCAACUAGCACUCUUUUUCUCAAUCCACACGCUCCAGACGGCAGUCUCUCACGCGCCCCCUUCGCCUAAAACCGCACGAGCAAGAUGCCUUCCCCACUCGCAGGCCCAACUAACGCCCCACCAAUCCUUACCCUCACCCGCUCCCUCACAAUCCGCCCCUUUCGCACCUUCGACGCCCCCUCCCUCGCCCACCACGCCAAUGACAAGGAAAUGUGGCUCAACGGCCCGGACAUCGUCCCAUUCCCCUUCACCCUCACCUCCGCGCACUCCUACAUCGCACGCGCCAGUGACUCUCGCAACUGGGCUUGUUCCGGGGCAUCGUGGACCGGACCCGCGCUUCCAUCCAUGUACGCGAUAGCUUCCCGCGAUGUCUGCAUCGGCUCCAUCGAGUUCUGUCCAGGCGAGGAUAUCAGAGCGAGGACGGCGAAGAUCGGGUAUUGGGUUGGCAGGGAGUAUUGGGGGAAGGGGAUCAUGACGGAAGUUGUAGGGACUUUUGUGGGGUGGGUGUGGAGGAGUUUUCCGAAAUUCGUGAGGAUUGAGGCGGAGGUGCAUGAUUUUAACGUUGGGAGCGGGAGGGUGUUGAGGAAGGUGGGUUUUGAGCACGAGGGGACAUUGAAGUGGGGGAUUUGGAAGGAUGGAAGGUUGGCGGGGUUGGAGAUUUGGGGGCUGGUGAGGGGGAGUGGGUGAAUUUGUUGUUGUAGUUGUUUUUGUUGUUGAGCUUGAUUACUUCUCUCGCCUAAGCUCUGAAGGUUCCGCGCGAGGGCUAGGAAGAAUCUAGUGGAAAAAUGAUAGAUUCGCAAAAAAUGCAACGAACAGAUUGUAACCAUGAGCAAAGCAAUCCAAGUCUACA